CUUUUUCUGAUUUUAAGCCCAAUUGUUUUUGCUUUCUUCUUCACCAACAAAACCCUCUCUGGCUGAAGAAACAACACGAUGAAUUCUUCCGAUAUUCCCAAUGAUUCUCGAGGAAAUCGUCGGAUCACAUCCGAUGAAGAAGCCAUCGAAGCACUUCUCAUGGCAGCGAACGAGGUUGAGAAUCGUGAUUUACCAUUAGGGUUUCAAAAUCACGACGUGGAGAUGGAGGAAAGAAAAAGCACCGAUUUGGAUGAUGAAGAUGAAGCUUAUUUAGCAAAUUGGCAGAAACAAUGGGCUGAAGAACAAGCUGCAAGAAAAAGAAGACAUGAUUAUGAAGUUUCGAGAAAUUAUAAAGUUGCGAGAACUUUUGCUCUUGAUUUGCAUUCUGAUCUCAAGAUUGUUGAAAAAACAGAGGAAGAAGAAGAAGUAAUAAGAGAUGAAGAAAAAAGUGAGUUUCAGAGAGCUAAAGAAUCGAUCAAGAAGAGAAGAGAAGAGAUCUCUACAACAAGUGAUAUGGAGAUAGAUCCGAUGACGGUACUAAGGAAAGCUCCUACUCUUGUGGAGCUGAGUGCGAGAGUUCUUGCUCAGAAUAUUGUAGCUAUCAAGUCAUUGAAACUUGUUCCUGAUCAUUUGAGGAAGAAACUCUCGUAUCUUGUUAGUGGUUUAGGCAAAGUCGAUACACGUCUUAUGGAGCUUUUGAUUGAGGAUUCUCCGAAUGAGAUUUGCGCGAAGAACUGUGUCGAAUUAGAGGAGGAUGACUUGAUUAAGAUCCUCUGUGACUGUGACAGAGUUAGCUUGAAGGUGUUGAUUCUUGAUCUUUGCGGAAGAUCCAUUACGGAUUACACGAUAAGGGAGUUCUUUAAACGCGCUCCUAACGGAUUCCCGUCAUUAACUACGCUAUCUCUUCAAGGAGCGUUCUGUUUAACAGACAUUGCAUUGUUGUUGAUAUCGAGUUCAUCUCCUCUGCUUCAGUUUAUUAACCUCACUGAAUGCUCUCUUCUCACUUUCCGCGCUUUGAAGAUUCUUGCUGAUAAGUUUGGUUCCACUCUUAGAGGGCUUAGCAUUGGUGGAUGCCAAGGGAUUAAAUGGUAUAAAGGCUUUAGUAGCAGCCUAUAUAAGUUCGAGAAAUUGAACUAUCUUUCGGUUGCAGGACUCGAUAGUGUUAAUGAUGGUGUUGUCAGAACGUUCUUUAUGUUCCGUAGCUCAAAUCUCACUGAUCUAUCUCUCGCUAAUUGCAAUGAGGUUACUGAUGAUUGCAUUUGGCAUAUUGGGAGGUAUUGUAAAAAGCUAGAAGCUCUUGACAUCACAGACUUGGAUAAAUUGACUGAUAAGGCAUUAGAGUUUAUUACAGAGGGUUGCAAAUAUUUGAGAUCACUCAAACUUACAAGUAACGGAUUUAGUGACGAAGGUAUUGCCGCGUGUCUUGAAGUCUCGGGAGGUUCUCUUAACGAACUUUGCCUAAACAAAGUCCGAAAUGUCGGUCCACAUACUGCCUUUUCGCUUGCUGAAGCUUGCAAGAGGUUACAAUUUUUGGACCUCUCGUGGUGUCGAAGACUCACCCAAGAGGACCUAAGACGAAUUUUGAGAUGCUGCUCGUCACUUAGAUCACUCAAGCUAUUUGGAUGGACACAGGUGGAUGAUACAUUUCUUGAAGAACUUUCAAGAUCACACGUUCAUAUCACCGGAUUGAAAAUGACUUCACUCUACGCUCACCUUGAUAACUUUUACCCAAGUGUAGGUGCCAAGUUCUUCUGAUAAAUUGACAACUACUGGCGUUGCAUAUAGCUCUGAAUUGAUGAUGAACAAUCUUCAUUGUUAGACCAAAUUAUCUCUGUUGUACAGUUUCAUACUAAAAAAAAAGAUAGUGAUAUAUGAACAUGUUACAAUGUCUUUUA